AUGGACCAGGCAGGGUUUGUCACCCGCUCAGACAUGCAGAAAUUGCAGGAGCGGGAUUUCCCAUGCAGCACGGAGGAGCUGGAGCUUGUCUUCGAUGGGCUGGAUGCCACCGGCACUGGGCGGUUGAGGACUGAGGAGUUCACUGCCGGGCUCUGGCAGUUCCUGAGCUCCCAAAAAGCUGCCAGGGAGCACCGCCGGCGGAAAACGGCAUCCCGGAGAGUUCGCUUGGUCCUCCCCAGCCCAGCGCUGGAGGGGAUGGACAGUGAGGAGCGGAGACACUUUGCUGCCUUUAUGGACCAGCUGGGCACGGACAACAUCGCUGAAGAACAGGAGAUCUGGCAGCUCUGGGUGAAGCUCCGGCAGGAUGAACCCCAGCUCCUGGGCAACCUAGAGGACUUUCUGACCAAGAUGAGGCAUCGCAUUCAAGAAGCCAAGAGCAAGAAGGAGGCUUUGGAGGUGACCCUGAACAAGCGCGUGGCCGAGCACGAGCAGGAGGUGCAGCAGCUCUGCGAGGCCCUGGAGCAGCAGAUUCAGCAGGGGACGCAGCGGCCGGGGGAGAGGGGGGGCUCCUCUCCCCUUGGUGCUCACCCAAGGGGGGACCCAGCACCCCUGAACCUCCAUGGCAGCUCCCAGACAGGUGGGUGGAGCAUGGCCCGGAGCCACCAGCAUGGCGUGGAGCUGCAGCGAGCGCUGGACGCCAGCGAGAGGGAGGUGCAGCGCUUGGUCAAGGCGCAGAUGGAGCUGGAGACGCGGUGCCGCAGCCUCCGCAGCACGCAGCAAGCCACCAGCACUGAAAACCGGCAGCCGGAGGAGAGCAACCGGGUGCUGGAGGACCGCCUGCAGGACGGAGCGGUGGCAGAGCUGCCUGGCGAGCUGCCCCUGUCCCCGCAGAGUCCGGAGAAGAGCGAGAAGUACCGUUCCGAGAUGCGGCUCAGGCUGGGGUCCCAGAGCACCGAGCCCAAAGUCAGGAGCACCCACCAAGUGGCGCAGAGGCCGGGAGCGGAGGUGGAUGUAGAUGUACAGCACCCAGAGGAGGAGGGGGAGCUGGAACUGAUGCAGGGAGAGGACAUCAGUGAGGAUGGGCUGUUCCAGGAGCUGGUGGAGUCAGAGGACUCCCAGGGAGGCAUGCUGCUGUGUGGGGGUGCCAGCCCAGAACCCCCCCAGGGAGGGGAGGGUCAGGCAGCUGUUCAGCUCAGGGAGGAGGCUGAGGAUGGGGGACAAGGGCAGGAUGGGCAUGAGCUGCCACAAGAGCCUGUGCUUGAUCUGCAGGGAGAGGAGACUGGUGCAGACAGUCAACCUCUGGAGGAGGCUGAAAGCCUGGAUGUGCUGGAGGACCAGGGCACUGAUGCUGAUGUGCAGCUGUUUGCAGUAGUGGAUGAGCUCAAACCGAUCCCAGGAGGGAGCACGGAGGGAGAUUUGCAGCUCCUGAGCAAGGCUGGCUCCUUGGAUACCGAGCAGGGAGGGAGCGUGGCUCCAGAUGUGCCACCCCUGGAUCGGGUUGAUGAACCAGAGUCAGCGGGAAUGGCGGCAGAGGAUGCUCAGGCAGCCAUGCAGCUGCAUGUGCAAGCCCGAUGGGGAGGGGAGGGUGGAACAGCCUUGCAGCUCAUGGAGGAGGCUGAGGACGGGAGACCAGGGCAGGAUGAGCAUGAGGAGCCACACGAGCCUGUACUUGAUCUGCAGGGAGCUGGAGUCGGGCAUGGAGAGGGGGCUGCUGCACGUGGGCAACCAUGGGAGGAGGCUGAAAACCUGGAUGUGCUGGAGGACCAGGGCACUGAUGCCAACGUGCAGGAGCUUGCAGAGUUGGAUGAGCUCAAACCGAUCCCAGGAGGGAACACAGAGGCAGAUCUGCAGCUCCUGAGCGAGGCUGGCUCCUUGGAUACCGAGCAGGGAGGGAGCGUGGCUCCAGAUGUGCAACCCCUGGAUCGGGUUGAUGAACCAGAGUCAGCGGAAAUAGAGGCAGAGGAUGCUCAGGCAGACACGCAGCUGCAUGUGGGUCUCAGCCCAGAAGCCCUAUGGGGAGGGGAGGGUAGAACAGCCAUGCAGCACCUGGAUGAGGCUGAGGAUGGGGGGCAAGGGCAGGAUGGGCAUGAGCUGCCACGCAAGCCUGUGCUUGAUCUGCAGGGAACUGGAUUUGGGCAGGGAGAAGGGGUUGCUGCACGUGGGCAACCGUGGGAAGAGGAGGCUGAAACCCUGGAUGUGCUGGAGGACCAGAGAACUGAUGCCAGUGUGCAGGUGUUUGCAGUGGUGGACAAGCUGAGAGUGACCCUAGGAGGGAGCACGGAGGCGGAUCUGCAGCUCCUGAGUGAGACCAGCUCCCUGGAUACCGAGCAGGGAGGGAGUGUGGCUCUAAAUGUGCAGCCCCUGGAUGAAGUUGAUGAACCAGAAUCAGUGGAAAAGGUGGAAGGAGAGGACUCCUGGGCAGACACGCAGCUGCAUGGGGGUGCCAGCCUUGAAACCCUCCAGGGAGGAGGGGACCAUGCAGCCUUGCAGCUUGUGGAGGAGGCUGAGGAUGGGGAACAAGGGCAGGACAGGCAUGAGAUGCCACACAAGCCUGUGCUUCACCCACAGGGAGCAGGAAUCGUGCAAGGAGAGGGGGUUGCUGCAGGUGGGCAGCCUUGGGAGGAGGCUGAAAACCUGGAUGCACUGGAGGCUCAAAGCGCUGAUGCCAAUGUGCAGCCACUCAUAGAGGAGCUCCCACCACCCUCAGGAGGGAGCACAGAGGCAGAUCUGCAGCUCCUGGGGACAGAACAGGGUGUGAGUGUGGCUCCAGAUGUGCAACCCCUGGAUCAGGUUGACAAACCAGAGUCAGUGCAAAUGGAGGCAGAGGACUCUCGUGUAGACACGCAGCUGCGUGGGCCUGCCAGCCUUGAAACCCUGCAGGAAGAGGGGGACCGUGCAGCCUUGCAACUCAUGGAAGGGGUUGAGGAUGGGGAACAGUGGCAGAGCGAGCGUGGUCUGCCACAUGAGUCUUUGCUUCACCCCCACGGAGUGACCGUCAGGCAGGGAGAGGGGGCUGCUGCAUGUGGGCAACCGUGGGAGGAGGCUGAAAGCCUGGAUGUCCUGGAGGACCAGGGCACUGAUGCCGAUGUGCAGGUGCUUGCAGUGGUGGACGAGCUCAAACCGACCCCAGGAGGGAGCAAGGAGACAGAUUUGCAGCCCCUGAGCAAGGCUGGCUCCCUGGGGACAGAGCAGGGAGAGAGCGUGGCUCCAGAUGUGCAACCCCUGGAUCGGGUUGAUGAACCAGAGUCAGCGGAAAUAGAGGCAGAGGAUGCUCAGGCAGCCAUGCAGCUGCAUGUGGGUCUCAGCCCAGAAGCCCUAUGGGGAGGGGAGGGUGGAACAGCCGUUCAGCUCCUGGAUGAGGCUGAGGAUGGGGCACAAGGGCAGGAUGGGCAUGAGCUGCCGCAUGUGCUUGAUCUGCAGGGAGCUGGAGCUGGGCAGGGAGAGGGGGCUGCUGUGGGUGGGCAGCUUUGGGAGGAGGCUGAAAGCCUGGGCAUGCUGGAUGACCAGAGCACUGAUGCCAAUGUGCAGGUUCUAGCAGAGGUGGACAAGCUCAAACCUAUCCCAGGAGGGAGCAUGGAGGCAGAUCUGCAGCUCUUGAGCAAGACCAGCUCCUUGGAUGCAGAGCAGGGAGGGAGUGUGGCUCCAGAUGUGCAGCCCCUGGAUGAGGUUGAUGAACCAGGAUCAGUGGAAAUGGUGGAAGGAGAGGACUCCUGGGCAGACACGCAGCUGCAUGGGGGUGCCAGCCUUGAAACCCUCCAGGGAGGAGGGGACCAUGCAGCCUUGCAGCUUGUGGAGGAGGCUGAGGAUGGGGAACAAGGGCAGGACAGGCAUGAGAUGCCACAUGAGCCUGUGCGUGAUCUGGCACCCCUGGGUGCAGCUGGGAUGCGGGAAGGGGAGCAGAGCCAGGCUCCUGGUUCAGAGGCAGGUCUGCGAGCUGCUCAUGCUGCAGAGGAAUGGGAAGGAGGUGAUGGUGCACGUGUGUCCCCUCUAGCUGAGGCCGCUUCAUAUCCUGAGCCUGCCUCUGCUGCAGAGGGUCCUGGUCUGGAAGCAAAGCUGGGAGCACUCACUGGUCCUGAUGGGCAGAUCCUGGAGGAUACGCAGAGUCUGGAAUUACCGCAGGGAGAGAGGGCUGCUGCAGAGGGGAGGCCUCUGGAUGGAGCCCAAAUUCUGGACAUGGUGCGGGGAGAGAGGCUGGAGGCAGGGGCGAGGGGUUUAGCCGAAACUCAGGGUCUAGGGCUAAAGCAGGGCCGUGAUGACGGUGCAUCUGUGCUGGCACCCCUGGUGUCUGAGCUGAUGUUGCAAAUCGGCACGCUAAAGAUGGAAACGAUGAUGCAGGAGGAUGUUCUCAUUCCAGAUGUGCGGCGGCUAGGUGCUUCAGGACAGGCAGCCCAAAGCGAGGUUCAGGAGCAGGUCUCAGCACAGGCAGAUAAGGUGAGGCUUGACACUGCUUCCCAACAGCCAGAGGAGAAGCCACUGCGUGUGAUGGAAACAGAGCAGGUAGCUGCUGGACCUGCUGAGCCUUCAAAACAAGAGGUGACACCAGCAUCAACCCUCCACCUGAGGGUCCAACAGGAGGAAGAUGCUGGGAAUGAUCAGUCGGGAAUGGUCCUCAGAGACAGCUCACUGAGGGACGCAGCCAACAGCAGCAUGCAGCCUCAAAGGCAACUCUUGAGAGAACAGAGUGAAGACCUCAAUGUUGGUCAACAGGAGAAGAAGCAAGAGGUUGGGCGAAAAACAAGCCAAGAAGGCGAGCCCAGCCCAGGAGAGCCAGGGGCUGUGACUGCAGAUGGGGCAGGAGCAGCCCCAAGGGGUUCUCCUGAAGCCUCCCUGGACCCCGACCACCUCUACAACGUGCUGUUUGUUGGGGACUCCCACGUGGGCAAAACAUCGUUCCUGUACAGGUUGCACGCCGACACCUUCAACCCGCACCUGACUGCUACAGUAGGACUGGAUUAUCAGGUCAAAAACCUCGUCGUGGACAACAAGCGCUUCGCUCUCCGCCUGUGGGACUCAGCUGGUCAGGAAAGGUACCACAGCAUCACCAAGCAGUUCUUCCGGAAGGCGGACGGGGUCGUGCUGAUGUACGAUAUCACGUCGGAGUACUCCUUCUCAGACGUGCGGUACUGGCUGAGCUGCAUCCAGGAAGGAGCGGAAGACGGAGUCGCGAUUCUGCUUCUCGGGAACAAAACCGACUGCGCUGCAGAGAGACAGGUCCCUGCGAAGGAGGGGGAACGCUUGGCCAAGGAGCAUCAGCUCAUGUUCUAUGAGUGCAGCGCUGCCUCAGGCCACAACGUCUCUGAGUCCAUGGUCAGCUUAAUCAGGUUGCUCAAAGAUUGUGAAGAUGAAUUAAAAAAUAAGGCACGAGAGGUACCAAAGCCACCCCAGAAGAAGGGCUGCUGCUGGUGA